UAUUGAAAUUUAUAAAAUGGCUAGCUUCCCUGUGUCUCCAAAACCACAGAAAUUUUACAAAAAUUUCCCUGCAAAGUUCCUCUUCACCAAUUCCUUCGCUACUCAUACAUAUAAGUCCCAAUUUCGACAAGUACCAGAUGUCGAUGAUCGAAUGAGUGUGGUCUCAAGCAAGAAUCAUCAAAGAAACAUCACCAGCAAUAUUGGCCAACAUAGAGCUUCAAUGAACCGUUCUCUAAAUAUCAAGCAUGCUAUUCAGAAGGAUUCUCUCAACAAGGACCUUAAAGGACUAGGUCUUGGCAAGUUCAGAGUUAAGCUCAAGCUGACAGGUUCUAAAGUCCCUAAUGCAAUUAUCCAGAAGUCAAGGUAAUAAAUUUGAAGUGAAUUACUGUUCAACUCAAAGAGACAAAACCAUAAAUCUUCUCGACACUAAGUAAGCAACUGAAUUAUGAUAGGUCAUUCAUGGAUUAUAUUGAAACUAAAUUUAAACGACAAGCUAAUAACCAGAAUAAAACUCCAUUGUGGAUGAAGGAAUACAGAAAAAGUAUGAUAGAGAAUAUAGAUGAUUUCAAGACGAGUGCCUCAAAGCGCAUUAAAAUUCAGCGAAACUUACCCAAUUCUGAAAAACUCAAAACUUUGUAUACACAAGGAACUAAAUAAAUUUAAUACGUGCAACAAUUCUCCAAAGUCUCAUGGUUUGAGUCGGAAGAACUCAGCUGUCAAGAGACAGACAUUCUGCAACUCAAGAAACUCGUAUGAUGAUAGGCAGACAUUCAAAAAAAAUGCUUUGAAGGAUUUAAAAUAACUCAAAAGGCCUCUACUGCAUAAAUUUUAUUAAAAAGCAAAGAAUGAGAUUAAACAGGAACACUAUCAAGAUGGAACAUAGCUUUGAUAACUACCUAGAUUCAUACAUCAAACCAAUCGUGUUUAAAAGAAAGGAAAUCAAAAAAAAUGUAACAUCUAAAUUUGCAAAAACAAUAUUACCCAAAAAGCCCAGCAAGCCUAAAACUAAUUCACGUCAAAGAAGAGCUGUGAGUAGAAUUUCUGCAUUUUCGAGAAGAAAUGAAGACAUAAGCAGGAUAAAUGUCAGACUCAGCGACCUAUCAGUAUGCUCCUACGUCCACCACCCAAAGUACAACAUAAAGCAAGUUUGGAAAUAGGACCAUAAAAACAUACUUCAACAACCCCCCUCCUUACCGGGGUUUUGGGGUUUUGGGGUUUUGG